CCACCUACACCUGACUCUCCCCCUCCUCUGUCUCUCUGUAAGCUCUUGCUCUUCUCAUUCUCUAUAAUCUUCUCUUUUCUAUUAGAAGGAAGAAAGGAAGAAAGGAAGGAAAGGAAGAUGCCGAGUGAAGGGACAGUUAACUGCAUCGAUAUCCUUCUCGCCAUCAUCCUUCCUCCCCUCGGAGUUUUCCUCAAGUUUGGCUGCAAGGUGGAGUUCUGGCUCUGCCUGGUGCUGACGCUGUUCGGGUACCUCCCUGGAAUCAUAUACGCCAUCUACGCCAUUACCAAGUAAGAAAACUCAGGUCAAGUUGGUUUGGCAGGUAGGGGAGAUUGUGGGCUGGUCCGAAGUUGCAGCUACCUUUGAUUGCCGGCUGUUGGAUUCCUCUUCCUCUGCGAUCGAUUCUUGGCGUUGAUGGGAUUAUUAUAAGUGUUCUUUAUUUUGUAAAAGUUUAAUCUUUUGUAUUGCUAUUGUUUCAGAGAUUUUCUCUGGGUGUUUGUUGUGGGCUGUGCGAUGAGCUGAUAUUGGUGUCUAUUCAGUCAUGUUGGAAAGUUUUACUAAUUGUUAUCAGUUAAUGUGACAUUAAAUUUGGAAGGGAAUUCUCCCGGUUUCGAUAAAUUGAAACAUCAAAGUAUAA